GUCCUCUGGUGGAGAAAGCAUCCUCUCGGCCCGGUUACCCAAGGAGCGAGAGACAAGGUUAAAAGGGUCGGCGACAACUCCGCGUCUGGGCUUUAGUCAGGCAGUACGCUGGGCAGCUGGGCUGCUAGGGUUGGGUAAGAAAAGUCCUCCGCUUGGCAUCCGCGGCUAGACGCGCUCUCCGCUUCUCGUCCUUUCCUGCUCAAGAUGGUGGCCUCCCGAGCAAUUGGCAGCCUCAGCCGCCUCAGGGCCUUCAGGAUCCUCCGCUCUCGAGGUUAUAUUUGCCGCAACUUGACAGGAUCUGCUGCUUUGCUGACCAGAACCCAUCUUAACUAUGGAAUCAAAGGGGAUGUGGCAGUUGUUCGAUUUAACUCACCCAAUUCAAAGGUAAAUACACUCAACAAAGAAAUACAAUCAGAGUUCAUGGAAAUAAUGAAUGAAAUCUGGGCUAAUGAUCAGAUCCGAAGUGCCGUCCUUAUAUCCUCAAAGCCAGGCUGCUUUGUCGCAGGUGCUGAUAUCAACAUGUUAGCAGCAUGUAAAACCUCUCAAGAAGCAACCAGAAUAUCACAGGAAGCACAGAGAAUGUUUGAAAAACUUGAAAAGUCCACAAAGCCUAUUGUAGCUGCCAUCAAUGGAUCCUGCUUGGGAGGAGGACUUGAGCUUGCCAUUUCAUGCCAAUACAGAAUAGCAACAAAGGACAGAAAAACAGUAUUAGGCGUCCCUGAAGUCUUGCUGGGAAUCUUACCAGGAGCAGGAGGCACUCAAAGGCUGCCCAAAAUGCUGGGUAUACCUGCUGCCUUUGACGUAAUGCUGACUGGUAGAAGCAUUCGUGCAGACAGAGCAAAGAAAAUGGGACUGGUGGACCAAUUGGUGGAACCGCUGGGACCAGGAGUAAAACCUCCAGAGGAACGGACAAUUGAAUACCUGGAGGAAGUUGCAGUUACGUUUGCCAAAGGACUAGCUGAUAAGAAGAUCACACCAAAGAGAGACAAGGGAUUGGUAGAAAAACUGACGUCAUAUGCCAUGAGUAUCCCAUUUGUCAGGCAACAGGUUUACAAAAAAGUGGAAGAAAAAGUGCAAAAGCAGACCAAAGGCCUUUAUCCUGCACCUCUGAAAAUAAUUGAUGCAGUAAAGACUGGAAUCGAACAAGGGAGUGAUGCUGGUUAUCUUGCUGAGUCACAGAAAUUUGGAGAGCUUGCAAUGACCAAAGAAUCAAAGGCCUUGAUGGGACUGUAUCAUGGCCAAGUCCUGUGCAAGAAAAAUAAAUUUGGAACUCCUCAGAAGGAAGUUAAACAACUGGCCAUUCUCGGGGCAGGGCUGAUGGGAGCUGGCAUCGCGCAGGUCUCUGUGGAUAAGGGACUGAAGACCCUGCUUAAAGAUGUUACGGUAGCCGGGCUGGGCCGGGGACAGCAGCAAGUGUUCAAAGGAUUGAACGACAAAGUGAAGAAGAAAGCUAUAACAUCAUUUGAAAGGGACUCUUUCUUCAGCAACUUGAUUGGGCAACUCGAUUACCAGGAUUUUGAAAAGUCUGACAUGGUGAUUGAAGCUGUUUUUGAGGACCUUAGUAUUAAGCACAAAGUGCUCAAGGAAGUAGAAGCGGUGAUUCCAGAUCACUGUGUCUUUGCCAGUAAUACUUCUGCUCUCCCCAUCAAGGAAAUUGCUGCUGUCAGCAAAAGACCUGAGAAGGUGAUUGGCAUGCACUACUUCUCUCCUGUGGACAAGAUGCAGCUGCUGGAGAUCAUCACAACUGAGAAAACGAGUCAAGACACAACUGCUUCUGUUGUAGCAGUUGGUCUCAAGCAGGGCAAGGUCAUCAUUGUGGUUAAGGAUGGACCUGGCUUCUACACCACCAGAUGUCUUGCGCCCAUGAUGUCUGAAGUCAUACGGAUCCUGCAGGAAGGAGUGGACCCUAAGAAGCUGGAUUCCCUGACCACAGGCUUUGGCUUUCCUGUGGGUGCUGCCACCCUGACAGAUGAAGUUGGAGUGGAUGUAGCGCAGCACGUGGCAGAAGAUCUAGGCAAAGCCUUUGGGGAGCGGUUUGGAGGUGGAAAUGUUGAACUGCUGAAACAGAUGGUGGCCAAGGGCUUCCUGGGUCGCAAAUCUGGGAAGGGCUUUUACAUCUACCAGGAAGGUUCAAAGAAUAAGAAUUUGAACUCUGACAUGGAUAGUAUUUUUGCAAGUCUGAAGCUGCCUGCUAAGCCUGAGGUCUCCUCUGACGAAGACAUCCAGUACCGCGUGGUGACACGAUUUGUGAACGAGGCAGUCAUGUGCCUGCAGGAAGGCAUCCUGGCCACCCCUGAGGAGGGAGACAUCGGAGCGGUCUUUGGGCUCGGCUUCCCCCCCUGUCUCGGAGGCCCCUUCCGCUUCGUGGAUUUGUACGGUGCCCAGAAAAUUGUGGACCGGCUCCGGAAGUACGAGGCUGUCUACGGAAAACAGUUCACCCCAUGCCAGCUGCUCCUCGACCAUGCUAACAGCCCCAGCAAGAAGUUCUACCAGUGACCAGACUGCGCCCUGCCCCGUCAGCACUAACCCAGCUGCCCCCAGCACUGGUUGAUUCUCCAGCGCUGUGUGAAGUAUCGGGAAGCAGAAGGAGACCAUGUCUGGCCUUGGCUUGCUUCUCCAUUCAAGUGCCUUCAGCUCUGAUCACUUCCUCCUGGUGAAGUGUGGCUGAAUUAGGGUUUGUACUUCACGCUGGAAGGUGAACCCACUGUGCUCUUUUGUAAGCCCUGAGGCCCACUGCAGCAGCUAAGAGCCAUCUGCAGCCAUCUCUGUUCCUGCUGGAGGACAGUGGGGGUGAGGGCAUUUCUGUACCCAGCCAAACACAGGAUAACAAUAAAAAACAGACUCUCGGCCUCUG